AUGGUGAUGGGACUAGUUGUCAGGGCUCUCAGCAAUCGGAGAUUAUUUGAGAAGCUUGGAGAAAUGGACGACGGCUUUUUGUACCACGCAAUGCUUCCAGUUGGUAGAUGUUUGAUGAUGUCAUCAGUGGAAUUGGAUGAGUUCAUCGCCGGUGAACGGAGUCUAGCCGAAGAAACUGAAGAUCAGCAAACCCUCCGUUACUGGAUAGCUUUAUCGGGAAGAGCUGAAACGGUGUCCGAAAAAUUGCGUCAUCUCUUGCCAGGCGAAGUGGCUGCAACGGUUAUUACCGAUAUUCUGGAGGACGAUAAUGCCGACUCAAGGAUGCGUGAGAAAGCUCUUCAACUGGCGAAUUCUAAAUUGAUCCAUGAUGGGUACUUUUCUGUUGAAGGUGGCAUUAGUGUACAGCUCCUCGAAAGGAUGGCAGCUGUUCUCAACAAGUGGAUCACAAAGGACCGAAGAGGUCACGAACAAGAUGUUCUGUGCCAGAAUGCAGCGUUCUCUCUUAAAUUGGUGGCGAAACGUCUCUGUAACCGUUCUAACACAUCAGUGCUUUCCGACACCAUGUCAAAGUGUAUUGAAAUUGCUUCUGAAUACCAAACAGUCGAUGAGUGUCUGAUCGGCAACAUCCUACUCCUCUCUGGAGAACUGAUAAGGUCUCUGAACAUGAAGUCUACUAUGGUGUCGGCCGUUCCAUUGCUCAAAACGUGUCUCAGCAUAUUGAGAAAUUGUAUUUCUGACGACAAGGUAAGGUCUCUGAACAUGAAGUCUACUAUGGUGUCGGCCGUUCCAUUGCUCAAAACGUGUCUCAGCAUAUUGAGAAAUUGUAUUUCUGACGACAAGGACCCACAGCAACCACAGAUUCAGCAUGAUGAUAUCCCUACGAAACGUGCACGGUCGCGACUGCAGUCGCUCAGCGGAAGAAGACCUGGUGGCUCUCCUUUAUUGGUCUCAGUGCUAACUUGCAUCCAACGAAUUAUGGACCAAUUUGCGCCAUUUGUUUCCCAGUUCUUACCAGAAGUCCUCGUGCACUACUGCCGCUUGAGUGCCCGGUAUUCUGAUUUACCUGAGGAGGGGACUACAGUUGCUGCUCCAGUAAUAGAAAAAUCUCAGAAUACGCAAAGCGCCAAAAGCAGUAUACGUCAGAGACUUGGAUUUAUACGUUCGGCACUGCUUAAAAUGGAAGUUCGCGUAAUCCCGGAGCAUUUUGCGAAAGCCGUUAUUGACCUCAGCCAUGAAGAAAAGCCCCUGAUUUGCUUGUUUUCUCUGCUUGCCAACUAUUUUGAUCAGAAGAAUCGUGUGGCUGUCACCUAUAGCAGAGAUAUCUUGUUGAGGGAUGUUUUCCUGAAAGGACUCGAGUUUCGCGCUCAUGAGAGAAAUGUUGAGAGCUUUGAGCAAGCUGGGAACGUAGAGCGCAGUGUGUUCAAGUCUUUGUUGGCGAUGGCUGAAGUCUUGACAGAGAAUACUCUUCGAUCAGUGGUGAAUGGCUUAGUAGACUGGGCCGAACAAGGGCUAAAACCAACAGCAACCAACGGCGAACGCAGUCGCCUAAUCACGCUGUACUCUUUUGCGAACAGUUUCUAUGACUCAUUCAACACUUUGGCAUUGCCCUUCUUUGGACGUUUAGUGGAAAUGUCUGCCAAAAUUUUAAAUGCAUGCAACGCUACUAUCCUUACUGAUUCGUCGCUCCUCUUGAUAAAUGGCAAAAAAGGGACAGUUGAAGAACUUGAAGCAGAUAACUUGAUUGUCCACGUCAUUGACUUCAUCAGUAACUGCGCUCGACAUCGGGAAUUCUUCACGCAGGAUCGAGCGGAAGUAUUGAUAGCGCCGUUGAUCAAUGAAGUAGUGAAUAGUAAACUAAGUGGGCAUGAGAAGCGAUGUGUGCCACACGUUUCCGAUGCCCUGUAUCGUAUAGCGGACACGCAUCCUGACGUAUUUCAAGAUAUCUUGGACAAAUUGUUGCUGAAAACCAAGAAACAGCAGGGCUAA